AUGGGAUCUUUAGAAACCAUUCAGGUUUCUUCUAGGUCCAACAUGGAGCAAACUUCAGGUCCAAGGAUCUCUUUCUCUGCUGAGUUUCUCGAUGAAUCAAACUUCAUCACCAUUAGUCCGAAAGCUCAUGCAGAGAAAGAGCUAGAAAAAGAGAAAGGGAAAGACAAGGAAAAAGUAAAUAAAGGAGAAUUUGAGUUUCUGUCAAGCAAGACAAACAGUCACGAUGCAAUGAUCACUGCUGAUGAGCUCUUCUUUGAAGGUAAAUUACUCCCAUUUUGGCAAAUCCACCAUGCAGAAAAACUGAACAAGAUUAGCCUCAAAACAGAACAAGCUGAAGAGGGAAAGAAUGAAGCAGUAGAGUUGAACAAUAAGGAGGAGCCAAGGAUUAGCUGGUUUCUUGAUGAUGAUCCAUCUCCAAGGCCACCUAAAUGCACUGUUUUGUGGAAAGAGUUACUGAGGUUGAAAAAGCAGCGUGCUUCGUCUCUGUCACUAACGCCAUCUUCGUCUACUUCUUCCUCUUCUUCCUCCUCCUCAAAUUCUCUUACCGACUUGCCGCCAAUCGAGGAAGGCAAAGAAAGAGUAACAAACAGAGAAAAGCAUAUAAAGAGGAUCAAGAAAGGGCUGGAAAGGACAAGAUCAGCCAGCAUGAGAAUUAGGCCUAUGGUUAAUGUGCCUAUUUGUACUCAAGCGAAAAAUGCUUCACUUCCUCCUAUGUUUUCCAUCAGGAAAGGAAGAAUAGAGAGCACAUGGCUUCCUAGCUGGCUUGAAUAUGUUAUCGAGUUCAGUUCUCCUAGCACGAGGAACAAGUACACUGGAUAA